UCGUUGCAGAUUCCUGACCACUUGGUUUUGGUAUGUGUGCGAGAUUUUGUCUCCGUUUCGUGCCUUGCGUGUCAUGCGCAGUCAAACUCCUUCGGACUCGUUAGAAGAGAAAUGUCAAACAUCCUUGUUGGUCGUCAAACAACGGCGAAAAAAAUCAAUCGAUAGACAUAUAGGCGCUGCUGCAGAUUUUGUCAUGGUGCUACACUCCGAAAGCCAUCACCACCGUGUACCGUGAAUCCGGGGGGAAGGAGAUCGUACCGCAGGAAUUGGUACCAAUCCGUGUUUGUGCCAGUGGGAAACGUGCCAAAUAGGUUUUACCACAGUUCUUCCCAACGUGGCCACUUUGUUUAGGUGUCCAGGCUUCCCUCUUAUCUGCCACAAUGAUUCCACGUAGCUAAAACUGUCCCAAACCAAAUCGACUGUGUAGCGUUCUUUGCAGGCUUGUUUACAGUAAGAGUGAAAGUAGCACUUUCCGAAUUGUAGGACCCGAAUUUCCCAGGUUUAUUCCUUCCUUUAUUCCCGAGUGGAACAACAAUACCAAACAGUACCUCCGUAGGCAUAGGGCUUGCAGUAAACGAGCAUGAAAAAACAAAACGUACGGACCAUCUCCCUGAUCGUGUGUACGUUCACAUACCUGUUAAUUGGAGCAGCCGUGUUCGAUGCACUCGAGUCAGAAACGGAGAAGAAACGCUGGAAGGCUCUCAGUGCAAUUGAAAAUAUCCUCAUCACACGGUAUAACAUCAGCUCGGAAGAUUUCAAAGUCAUCGAAACGGUCAUUAUGAAAUCGGAACCGCACAAGGCUGGCCAGCAGUGGAAGUUUUCGGGUGCGUUUUAUUACGCCACCACAGUACUGACGACGAUCGGGUACGGUCACUCGACACCGUCUACGGUCAGUGGGAAGAUCUUCACCAUGUGCUACGCCGCCAUUGGCAUUCCGCUAGGGCUGGUCAUGUUCCAGAGCAUUGGUGAGCGUGUCAAUCGGCUGAGCAGUGUGAUCGUGCACGCGGUGAAAACGUCAUUCAACUGCAAGAAAGCGAUCGCGUCCGAGAUUGAUCUGAUUCUGGUCGUCACCACGCUUAGCUCGCUGACCAUAGCGGGCGGUGCGGCAGCAUUCAGCAAGUUUGAAGGUUGGAGCUACUUCGACUCGGUGUACUACUGCUUCAUCACUCUCACGACGAUCGGGUUCGGUGAUAUGGUAGCACUGCAGAGGGACAAUGCGCUGAACAAAAAGCCGGAGUACGUGGCGUUCGCGCUGAUCUUCAUCCUGUUCGGGCUGGCUGUGGUGGCUGCAUCGUUGAAUCUUCUCGUGCUACGUUUCGUAACGAUGAACACAGAAGAUGAGAAGCGUGAUGAAGCACAAGCCAUACAAGCAAUGCAAAUAGCGGUUAAGCUGGACGGAGAUAUCAUCACGGGGAACACGGACAGUGUCGAUGAACGAUGCUACGAUCGCAUCUCGGUCAUCAAUCCAAUGACCGUGUGUCAUAAUUGUCCGACCAAAUUCGAUAUGACAGAAGCAGCCAAUGGGUGUUAUAUCGAUACAAACUAUCGUUACCCGCUAAUGGACUGCGAAAUGACGCAGCUUCGAUCGCCGGCGGGUUUCAGUGGGGCGGGAAACAAUGACCACCGGAUGCAUGAUUUCGAAACCGAUGACGAUGGUCUAAUACGACCGUUACGGUACGAUUUCCAUCCUAGUCGUGGUCGGGCAUCGGUUUGAACCAGACAUUUGCAUCUGAUCGUCUUAUCCUACCAAAAAAAACAUCCUACACAAAGCACAAACAGACGGUAACUAUGACAGAGGACGCAGCAGCAGCUUUGAGGACCGCAACGAACGCACAAAUAAACACACAAAAACACGCCACUCGAUAACGGUGGGUCAAUUAGUGACCGCAAAUCAUCAUCUUCCUCUAAAUACUUUUGUAAGAAACAUCCCUUCAUGCGAAUGCGUACGAAUUGGUUUAUUAUAAGUAUAGCGUAAUAUGUAAGAGCGAAAGGCAGACGGUUGAUCAAAUUUUAGCAAUGAUAAAAAGAGAAGAUAAAUUUAAAAUUCCGGGAACAAUCGGUUUGAACGUUACGAAUAAAACACAAAAACAAAACACACAGCAACAGAGCAAUUUGCGUAAAAUAA